AUGGCCCACCAUAACAAUAAUAAUGACCCUUACUCCCGCCUUGACUUCAAUGGCGCUGGUUCCUUCGAUCCUCCAAGUCCAAUCUCCUCUCCUUCACACAUGGAUCCCUUCAACAGUAACAACAACAACAAUAGAACGCCGUCGCCGGGUCGACCGCUUCAAUCCCGAGUAACCUUUCAAUCCCCUUCUCCCGUCUAUGGCGACCAGCAACAGCAUCAACCUCUCCAUCAACCCCAAAACCCUUAUGAUGCUUAUGGAGGCGCCCCGCAGCGACAUAAUACGCCUGGGCUGGGUCCGGCGCACGCGAACUACUAUGAUGAUGAGAUGGCAGUGCAACCGACAUACUCGGUCCAAAAUCUGGCGCAUUCGUACCAUCAGCAAGGUCAGCAACCGGGACAGCAGUUGAGCGGCCAAACAACGGGUCAACAGUAUCAAAAUCCUUCCUACAACUCUCACGAAGACUUUGACGACGUCUAUCAACCUUCGCCUCUUGAGGAUAGCUAUCCGAUGCAUCAGUACAAUGAAGCUGGUUACGAUAAAGAUUAUGAUGAUAGCCAACCGAUAUUAAGUCCUUCUCAGGCUGGAUUUCCAGAGGGACAACAAGAUCCAGGAUAUUUCCCACCACAAUCUACAACUCCGGUUCCUACGAUCAAAAGAUGGAAGACGGUAAAGAAGGUCGAGCUGUACCAGGGUAACUUGGUGCUCGAUUGUCCCGUACCGAAGAAGCUUCUAUCCCAGAUGCCGAGGCAGAACGCUAGAGAGUUCACUCAUAUGCGAUACACAGCUGCAACUUGCGAUCCGGCAGAUUUCUUGAAGGAACGAUUCACACUUCGUCAGCAGCUAUUCUCGAAGCCGCGAUAUACUGAAUUAUUCAUCGUAGUCACCAUGUAUAACGAGGAUGAAAUAUUGUUUGCCAGAACUAUGCGUGGUGUUAUCAAGAAUAUUCAGUACAUGUGCGGCCGAACGGGAUCGCAAACAUGGGGUGACGAAGGGUGGAAGAAAAUCGUGGUUUGUAUUGUCAGUGACGGUCGUUUAAAGAUCAAUCCGAGAACGAAGAGUACCUUGGCGGCUAUGGGGUGUUAUCAGGAUGGUAUCGCGAAGAAUCAAGUCGGCGAUAAACCUGUGACGGCUCAUAUUUACGAGUACACCACGCAAGUUAACCUGGAAAUCAAGGGCGACUUGGUCGAGGUUCAACCUGGAGGCAAGAACAGUGUUCCCAUGCAGGUUAUCUUCUGUUUGAAGGAGAAGAAUCAGAAGAAGAUCAAUUCCCAUCGGUGGUUCUUCCAGGCCUUUGGAGAGGUUUUGGAUCCGUCGAUUUGUGUUUUGAUCGAUGCUGGUACGAAACCCGGUGGGAAGAGUAUUUAUCAUCUCUGGAGGGCUUUCGAGUUGAAUCCCGAGUGCGGUGGAGCUUGUGGUGAGAUUAAGGCUAUGUUGGGUGCCGGAUGGAAACAUCUGCGAAACCCUCUCGUUGCAACUCAGAAUUUUGAGUACAAGAUGUCAAAUAUCCUGGACAAACCGCUAGAGAGCGCGUUCGGUUUUAUCAGUGUGUUACCGGGUGCUUUCUCCGCUUACAGAUUCGCUGCUCUGCAGAGCAGGAAGGGUUUACCGGGGAGCAUGCAAAACGAUGUUCCCGAGGGUCCUCUCGAGAAGUACUUUAAGGGCGAAACGAUGCAUGGUGCUAAUUCCACCUUCUUCGACGCCAAUAUGUACCUCGCCGAGGAUCGUAUUCUCUGUUUCGAAUUGGUCACAAAGCGAAACUGCAACUGGGUUUUGACAUACGUCAAGUCUUCAUACGCCGAAACCGAUGUCCCUGACCGAAUGCCCGAGUUGAUCUUGCAGCGAAGACGUUGGUUGAACGGUUCUUUCUUCGCUGCUGUCUACGCCCUCGUCCACGCCUUUGAUAUCUGGCGAAGCAAGCACUCGUUACUUCGCAAGUUGAUGUUCCACGUCGAGUUUCUCUACCAGUUCAUUUUCAUGCUUUUCUCCUGGUUCGCCCUUAGCAACUUUUUCUUGGUUUUCAAGAUUUUGACGGCUAGUUUGGGCGAAGCAAGCGUUAGAUUCGCGCCAGGGAAAGUUUUGAGUGUUGUCUUCGAAUGGUUGUAUCUUGGUAUUCUACUCACUUGUUUCAUCCUUUCGCUCGGUAAUCGUCCGCAAGGGUCGAAUAAGUUGUACAUGACUAUGGUUGUCUUCUGGGCUAUCAUCAUGGUGUAUUUGCUCUUCGCUGCUAUCUUUGUGUCUGUCCGCGCUGUGCAGUCGGUGCUUGAGAAUACGGAAGGGCCGAUCACUGUUAAUGCCCUCUUCCAGAAUCGCAUCUUCAGAGAUUUGCUUAUCUCCCUGUGCUCGACAUACGUUAUCUACUUCGUUUCAUCGUUCCUGUUCUGGGAACCAUGGCACAUGUUCACCAGCUUCCUGCAAUACCUUCUCCUCUCUCCUAGCUACGUCAAUGUCCUUAACGUCUACGCUUUCUGCAACACACACGAUAUCUCCUGGGGUACUAAGGGAGACGACAAGGUUGCUACCGAUUUGGGUGUGGUCAAGGUCCAAGAGGGUGGCAAAGUCGACGUCAACAUCCCAUCCGACGACGGUGAUCUCGAUGCAGAGUACACCAAGCAAAUCAACAUCCUGCGUGAGAAAUUCGUCGAACCGCCAAAGAUCCGAAAGCCGGAAGAAGUUCAAGAAGAUUACUACAAGGGUGUCAGAUCGUCUGUCGUUCUUUUGUGGAUGUUCACGAACUUUGGGUUGGCGGCUGUGGUUUUGAAUUCUGCUGGUUUGGAUAGAUUGCAGGUUGGCCCGGGGGCUGAUGAGAGAGCGGCUAUUUACCUUUCGGUGAUCCUGUGGUCUGUUGCAGCUCUAUCGCUCUUUAGAUUUUUCGGAUCGUGCUGGUUUUUGAUUAUCAGAAUGUUCCGUGGUGUAUAA